AUGUCAACAGGCUACGAACGAAUUGAUCAAGAUACUCUCAGAAGAGAUGAUUAACUUAAUGGAUUAUUAUAGAGAAUAAGGGAAGAUGUAAUGAAAGGAUAUGUUGUAGAAGUGAAAACUAGAGCCAAUUCACAAAAUCAAGUAAAUAAGUUAAUCAAAUUAGUUAGACAACAAUUCUAAAUAAAGUUCUAGAUUAUCAUCCAUGAGUAAUUCCAUUGUUAAACAACCUAUGAUUUAAUAAAAUGAUUAACAUAAAGAUUUAGAUGAAAUUGUGAUUGCAUCAUAACGAGAUCAAUCACAAAUGCAAAAGCUUAACAAACCUAUAAGUUCUUAACCUCCCAAAGUUAAGUGCCAAAUUGUUAAGCCAAUUGUAUAAAAUGCUUAGUUAUCCCCUGAUUAAACUUCUCUAUCUCUGCCUUGUAAAGAGGAUCCUUUAACUACAAAUUAAAUUCCCUUAUAAUUAGAUGAAAUAGAAAAGAAGGCAGAUUCGGGAGAUUGUCAGAAUUAUAUAUAAAUUUUAAAGUCAAUUCUUUCCAAGCUCUAACAGUCUAUCAAAAAGAAUGAAAACAAUUGCAACCAUUUGUUCAGUUAGGCAAUAUUGAUGGUUAGAACUCUAUGUUUAUUAACAAAAUUAUAUAAAUAGGUAGGUUGUUACAAAAAUGCAAUCUAAUAGUUGAGAGCUAUUUAAAAAUAGUUCAAGAUCUUAGAACCAAAUUUAGUUGGAAAAAUUCUCAUUGAAUUAGGAAAGUUACAUUUUCUCAAUUAAUCAUUUCAGAAAGCUCAAUCUACUUUCCAUGCAGCUCUUUUACAUUAUGAAAAACUUCAAUGGAAAUCUGAAAUUGCUUACAUUUUAAUUUUGAUGGCAAAAUUACAUGCUUGGACUAGUAAAUUUAUUUAAUUUAUUUCAAGAAAAUGUUGAUCUCGCUAAAAAAUUAAUUUUUGGUUCAAUAGCUAUUCUAAAAGAAUUUCUUCCUGAGGAUCAUGAAUAAAUAGCUGAAGCAUAUGUUGUUUUAGGAGAAUGCAACUAUAUUUCUAAAAAUUCAGAAGAAGCUAUUGAGUUUUUAAACAAAGCAGUUAGCAUCAAAUACAAAAUAUAUAAGGAUUAUAAACAUAUUAAAUUUGUGGAAGUGUUUAAUCUUUUAGGAUUAUCAUAUGGAUUAGUUCCUAAUGUACAAUAAUCACUAAAUUAUCUAUUAUAGGCAUUAUAAUGCUUUCAGUAAUUAUUAGUGUUUUAUAUAUAGAUAUAACUGUAUCUAGAGAGCUUAGAUUUUGAAUAAUAUAGCUGUAAUUUAUCAAGCAUAAGGAGAUGGUGAAAAGGCUAGCAAAUGUCAUUUGAGAGCAAAAGAAAUUUACUCAACUUUCUUGCCAAAUUAACAUAGUUAGAUGUAAAGAUUAAUUUUAAAUUAAACAUGUUUAUCUCCUAUGUGA